AUGACUUUACCCAAUGAUGAACGCGUUGAAUUGCUAACCCUUUGGUUGCAAGCCUUGCCGGCUGAUUUAAACAUUCAAACCCAUACGUUAAGCGUGGCUUCGGCUGAUGCAAGUUUUCGGCGAUAUUUUCGCGUGCGGGGCAAUGAUGUGAAUUACAUUGUGAUGGAUGCGCCGCCGUCGCACGAGGAUUGCAAGCCAUUUGUGCGGAUUGCGCAGCUGUUUGGGCGGGCGGUGAAUGUGCCUAAAAUUUUGGCGCAAGACUUGGAACAAGGUUUUUUAUUACUCUCUGAUUUGGGCAAUGAUACGUUUUUGGCGGCGAUUGAACAAAAUCCUGAGCGUGCACCUGCGCUGUACCGCGAUGCGCUCAAUGCGCUGGUGGCGCUGCAAAAAGCGAGCACGCCUGAUGAAUUGCCGCCGUAUGAUCGUGAACGGCUGCUGACUGAGUUGAUGUUGUUUCCGCAGUGGUACGUGGGCGUGCACCUGAAAGCCACGUUGACCGAUGAGCAGACCGCGCAGUUGACGCAGGUGUUUAAUGCGUUGCUCGAUAAUAAUUUGGCGCAAACGCAGGUGUGGGUGCAUCGCGAUUAUCAUUCGCGCAACUUAAUGGACGUGGCGGAGAACAACCCUGGGAUUUUGGAUUUUCAAGACGCGUUGUUUGGGCCGAUUACGUAUGAUUUGGCGUCGUUGUUGCGUGAUGCCUAUAUUGAGUGGGAUGAAGAAGUCCAAAUCGACUGGCUGGUGCGUUAUUGGGAAGCGGCGCGCGCGGCUGGGCUUGAGGUGCCUGCUCAAUUUGAUGUCUUUUACAAAGAUUUUGAGUGGAUGGGGUUGCAGCGUCACAUCAAAAUUUUGGGGAUUUUUGCGCGCUUGUUUCACCGCGACGGCAAAUCGGGUUACCUCAAAGACUUGCCUUUGGUGCUCAAAUACACGCGCCAAGUUGCGUCACGUUACCGUGAAUUUUUCCCGCUCGUGCGUCUGCUCGAUGCGAUUGAUUCUGAUAACGCGCCCGCGCAAGUUGGCUACACAUUUUAA